GGAUUGAUCAGGGCAAGCCAAGCCAGGCUGGUAGCUGUAUUUCAUUUCUAACGUGUGUUUAUAUAGUCAAAAGUAGUUUGCUCGAUCGUCCGAAACGUUUAGUUCGUAGACUUGUUUUUCUCCGUUUUCGGUUUUGUAUAUCCGUUCUAUUGAGGACCAUGGCUUCCGAAAAGCCAGUUAAUUUCCAUAACAUGCCCUCCGAGAUGCCGCCGCCGAAACGCAUGCAGCUGAAGGGCGAAAGGGUGACUGUUGCUGAGGCAAUCAACUUUCUAAAGACGCAGUGCGAAGAACGAGUGGAUCACAAGCCGGUGGAUCCAACCACUGCGGAGGGACCCACGGUGGCGGACGAGCUCAAUGCGCGCCUGGCCAUGGUUCAUGUGCGCGAGUCGCGAGCCAAGCCCAUUCGCCGCCUGGUAAAAUACCCAACCAAUGAGCUGCAGAGCCUGUACAGAUUUAUUUGCGUUUGCCCACGCUACCAUCCCUGUUACGUGGCCUGCCAGCAUACGGGCCAGAUCAUCAUCGACAGAGACGUACUGUCGCGAGAGGAGCAUAUCUGCUUCCUAGCCACUCCCAAGAAGGACUUCAAAUCGCCGCAGUUGGUGGCUCAACAGCCGCGUUACUACACUAAGAAAAUCUCCGUCAACCAGUGCACGGCCCGCGUGGAGCGUCUGGCCGAUCCGCAUCCGUUGCGGGUGAGCGAUACUUUCAAGUACUUCAAGGAUUAUCUAUCGCCGCGCCACAUUGCUGCUCUCGAGUAUCAGAUGAGGCCCAAGCCUCCGGUGGAGGCCAUGACCAUGGAAAGGGCACUGGAGUAUAUGGAGGAGGAGAUGCGCCAACGCAGAGCGGCCAGGCGUGUGCAUAAGCGCCGCUGCAAGGGUCUCAAGAAACGCAUCCUGCAGCGUCAGCAGAAACAAAUGCAGAAAAUCAUUUGUGUUUUGUUUGAGGAAAUGAAGGACUUCCUGCUUAACGAUCAGUUCAUAGUAGACGAGAACUCGCCGCUUUGUUGUGUGAUACUUGAAAGACUUCGAGAAUUUACAGAUCAAGAGUUCUACACGACAAGCAAUUUACGAGAAUAUCAACGGAUCCUUGCCAACAAUCUGACCGUUUGGAUCAACAAGUUCAUAUCGAACCUGAACAUUUACCUGGCGCCGCAACAGCAGCCGCCCGAGCAACGCCCCAUGCUUGCCUAUAACGAUCCCGAACAAUUCGUGCCCUUGUCGGACUACAUUUCAGUGAGCGAUGAAAUGGGCGCCGAAGAGAUGCUCGGCGCUGAUGAACCCGGUGCCGAGUAUGGCGACUAUGAGUACGACGAGGACUAUAUGCCCGACGUCCUCAAUGCCGAUGACCUGUCGGAGGAACAGUAAAAUAAGGCGUCGCUAGCUUACCCUUCAGUUGAAGCCAAGUGAGCUCCUUGUAGACGCCGUUGCUGUGCACCUUGUUCCCAUGGUUUUUCAGAAUGUCCACUGGCAUGGCGCGGAAGAGGAAGUGCAGAAAAUUCUAUAAUGUAUCGACGAAAUUUUAGAGUGCGAACCCAAAUCACAAGUACAGUUUUACUACCUC